AUGAAGGUGACAGUGAUUCCGUUGACGGUUCCCAGCUCCUCUCUGAUGGUGAACAGGUCCAAGAAAGCCUGGGUAGGGUGCUCUCUGGAUCCGUUACCGCCGUUGAUGAUCGGAACAGGAGAGUACUUGGCUGCGAUGUCGGCGCUCUCCUCGGAGGGAUGUCUCAGGACAAUGGCGUCCGACAAGUCUCAUCUCCUGGGCAACAGCGAAAAGAGCAUGCAAGUGGUAUCUGGAAACCUGGUUCACAGAAAGCAGCGAGUUUCUCAGGAACGGAUUGUCGCCCUUGAUGUAGGAGAUGAUGGCAUUUGGAAGAGAGAGUUCUCUUGGUGGCAUCGACGAAACAAGAUCGGCUCCCGUAGGAGUGUCCUGAGAGUCGGCAAUGGCACUGGAGUCCUUCAAAGAAUCGAUCAAAGUGGCUCUUCUAGCACCGUCAAACGAGAAUCUCGAGGUUCUUCUGGUGGUGAUAGGAGAUGGAGCCAAUUGUGCCUCUUGGGCAGAAGGAGUAGCGGUCAAGGCAGAAGGAUGUUGAACAAAGAAUGCAUUCUCUCUGCCCAAAGCCUCGGCAACAACAAACUCACCUUCCAAACAGACAGUCUGGCCGUUCAUGUGAACUCUCUCAACAGCACCCUUGAGCUGGUUAGGUGCGAAUGGAGACCAUUGUUGUUUGGUAUUCUUCAACGACGAAGUGGCUCUGUCAACGUUAAUCUCAAUAACAGACUCGUUGUCUCUCAAAUUGAAGAUCUUGAUUGGGUUGUCGUGCAACUUGGCAACAAUGUCGUCAAAGGUCAGUUUGUUCUCGGCAACAGCAGAAAUCAACAAUGGAAGAGUGUCGGAAAUACCAGCACCUGGGACGGCUGGCUUUCCAACAAACUUGGCAAGCAGGGAUGGGACCUGGCCAAUGGAGAAACAGUCAAUCGACUCAAUAGCAAGAUCGUCCUUGCUGGUAACGCCGGUGACGUGGAUUUGACGGCUGUAAAGAGAGGCCAAAAGCAACACAGAUGCAAGAUCGGUGGUUUUGGUGUCGGUGACAAUUGGCUUCCGUUCUGGCCACACUCCGAAAUGGGCAGAAGUGGAAGCAAGCUUGUUCUUCAGGAAUUCUUCGGAGCGAACAAGCAGAGAAGAUGUCAGCGACGAAACGUGUUGAAUUUGGGUUGGGUUGGAUUCAGUGGCUGCAACACCGAAAGAGAAGUCGGUGUAGGUGGAGCCCUGGGAAAGUUCGUGAGCUCUGGUCAAAGUUCUGGCGUCGACAAUAAAGGAGCCAGAUUCGGUGACUGGAGAGAUGGAGGUGAAGGUGAAACCAGCAGCAAGAGCAGCCUUGGUGACAGCCUCAACAUCAGAGGCAGCGGUCUCGGUCUCAAAAGUUGGGACAUAAGUAGAGAUAGAAACCAAACCAGGCAACUCGAUGGUCUUGUGAGAAGUCUGAGAGUCGAUGUUGGCGGCCUCCAAGCUGAUGUUUCUGGCAAUAGCCUCGAUCAACAACUUGGCACACUUGACGUUGGUAACCAAUGGAACAGCGUAAUCAACGGCCAUUCUUCUGGUUCUGUAACCUUUAGAAACGUAAGAUGCUGGUCUUCUGAAUCUGUUGGAAGAAGGCAAGUUGAUGUACAAGUCAAUCAAGUUGUUUGCCAGAUGCUGGGUGAGCGAGUACUCGGCCUUUUGCUGGUCGUCUUCUCUAUCAGUGACCUCGUACUUGUUGUGUCCGAAACAUGCAACCUCACCGGUGGAAGCCAUUUCAACACCCAAAACUGGAUCGGCACCAGAAAGUCUGGAAAAGGAGAACUGUGGAACCUUCACGGCACAGUAGUCAUCUGGGAGUUUCUCACCUGGGUAUGGGGUGAGUGGAAGGUCCAUGAUGGCCUUGGUGGCCAUCUCAAUCAUGUCAGUUCCAACAACCUUGGAGUUGAAUGGGAAAGAUCUGGAAGCUCUCACGUUACACUCGAUAACCUUGAUCUCGUUGUUCUUGGCAAUGAACUGGAUGUUGAAUGGUCCUGUAACAUCCAAUGCCUUACCAAUCUUGGAAGUGGCCUCAACAAUUCUGCUGACGGUCUCCUUGUCCAAGUCCUGUGGAGGAACAAUCAAAGUGGCAUCACCAGAGUGGACACCGGCGUUCUCAACGUGCUCGGCAACAACGUGCAUAAUAAGCUUACCGUCCUUAGCAACGGCAUCCAUUUCAAUCUCCUUGGCGUUUUCAAUAUACUUGGUCAAAACGACUGGGUAAUCUGGAGAAACCUCAACGGCUUGCGACAAAACUGGGUAAGUCACCUUCUCGGCAAACUCUUCGGCCUCUUGGAUAGAGGUCAGUUCCUUCCAGGCAGGUUGGUCAACACCAAUCUUGUCAAGCAUUCUGGAGAACUUGUAUCUGUUCUCGGCAGAAUCGAUCAUCUCUGGAGAAGUACCCAAAAUCUUGACGUUCUGUCUGUACAAUGGCAAAGCAAUGUUGUUCGAAGUUUGACCACCCAUAGAAAUGAUGAUACCAGAAGACUUCUCGAGCUCGUAGAUAUCCAAGACUCUCUCGAGGUUAAUUGUCUCAAAGUACAAUCUGUCGGCCUCGUCGUAAUCGGUAGAAACAGUUUCUGGGUUGUAGUUGACCAUGAUCGUCUUGAGUCCCUGUUCUCUCAACGUUCUGAUGGCUCUAACUGCACACCAGUCGAACUCGACAGAAGAUCCAAUUCUGUAGACACCAGAUCCCAAAACCAUCACACCGUUAUCGUUGAACUCGACGUCGCUGGAGUCUGCGUUGUAUGUAAUGUACAAGUAGUUUGUGUAAGCAGGGAACUCAGCAGCGACGGUAUCAAUUUGUUUGACAAAUGGAACGAUGCCAAACUCUUUUCUGACUCUUCUAAUGGCAACCUCGUUGGAGUUGAGGAACUUGGCAAUUUGUCUGUCUUCGAAACCAAGUUGCUUGGCCUCCUUCAAGAUCGAUCUUGGCAACUUCUCCUUGACACCGUAAGAAGCGAUCUUGUCGGCAUACUUGACCAAACCUUCCAAUUUGUUCAAGAACCAUCUGUCAAUGUUGGUGAGCUUGUGGAUCUUGUCGACGGUAUAUCCCUCAGACAUGGCGUUGGCAAUGGCGAACAAACGCUGGUCAGAAGGAGUUUGCAACUCAGAAUCGAUAUCAAUGGACAUAAGAGCCUCUGUUUUGCUGAAACCGAUGUUGUGGUAGUCUGUAGAUCUGAUGGCCUUCUGAAUGGCCUCUUCGAAAGUUCUACCAAUGCUCAUGACCUCACCAACAGACUUCAUCGAGGAAGAAAGCAAAGUGGAAACUCUGGUGAACUUCUUCAGAUCCCAUCUUGGGAUCUUGACCACACAGUAGUCCAAAGAUGGCUCGAAACAAGCACAUGUGACCUUGGUAACGGAGUUCUUGAUCUCGUUCAAUGGGAUGUUCAAACCAAGCUUGGCAGCAGUGUAAGCAAGCGGGUAACCAGUAGCCUUCGAAGCCAAAGCAGAAGAUCUGGACAAUCUGGCAUUGACCUCAAUAAUGCAGUAUUCCUUGGAAUGUGGGUUCAGAGCGUACUGAAUGUUACACUCACCAACAACACCCAAAUGUCUAAUCACAUUGACAGCAGUAGUUCUCAACAUGUUGUAAUCUUCGUCGGAAAGAGUCUGGGAAGGAGCAACCACAAUGGAAUCACCGGUGUGGAUACCCAGUGGAUCAAAGUUCUCCAUGUUACAGACAGUGAUACAGUUGUCGAAAGCAUCACGAACAACCUCGUAUUCAACUUCUUUCCAUCCCUUCAUGGACUUCUCGACCAAGACCUGAGGAGAAGCAGCGAAGGCCUUUUGACAGAGCUCGACCAAUUCCUUCUCGUUAUCAGCGAAACCGGAUCCAAGACCACCCAAAGCGUAAGCCGCACGGACAAUGACUGGGAAGCCAAUUUCCUUGACGGCUGCCAAAGCCUCUUCCAUGGAGGAAGCGGUCUGGGAUUUGGCACACUUCUCGCCAAUUUCGUCCAUAGCUCUAGCGAACAGUUCUCUAUCUUCGGUGGUGAUCACGGUAUCGAUCUGGGUACCAAGGACCUUAACACCCAGAGAUUCGAAUUCGUCCUUCAAUUGGAUACCAACGUUCAAAGCGGUCUGACCACCAAAAGUGCAGUAGAUUGCAUCCGGGCCCUUGAUAGCUUGGGAACCGGAGUAAUCGAACUCACCAGCCUGUCCAAUAGACAGUCCACCGGAACCAAGAACCAGCACUUUCUUGGCGUUGACGCGUGGAUGCAGAGAUCUGUUCUCCUCGAUGUUUCCGUCUGGGAAUUGGACAGCCUUGAGCUGUUUGGUGAUCUUGUAGUCGACAACGGCCUGGAUAAAGGUGUCGAACAGGAACUCGGUGUCUCUUGGACCUGGUGUAGAUUCUGGGUGGAAUUGAACAGAGAAGAACGGCUUCUCGGUGUGGUAAAUACCUUCGUUAGAACCGUCGUUGGAGUUGACAAACAGUUCUUUCCAUCCAGCACUCAAAGUAUCGACGUCGACGGCGUAACCGUGGUUCUGGGAGGUGAUGUAACAUCUACCGGAGAUGGUGGAUAUACCAAAGAUUGGAGCCUUUGGGUUCUCGAGGGCAGUUUGCAAUUUCUCAACAACGUUUUGCAUGACAGAAGGAUCUCCAGGACCAUUGGAGAUGAACAAACCGUCAUAUUCUUCUUUGGUGAAAUCGUGAUCCCAUGGAACAACCUUCAAGGAAACUCCGCGGUUGACGAAACACCUGAUCUGGUUGUACUUCAUACCAACAUCAACAGCAACGAUCUUGAUGACUUUUCCGUCUGGACCAAGCUUGGCAAGGUGCUCAGGAGGAUUGUACACGACAGGCUCCUUGGUAGACACCUGGGCAACCAAGUUUUGGGCAUUAGGGUCGACCCACUCAGGAACAUCGAAGUUGGACUUCCAAGAACUGACUUGCAAGCACUCAUCAACGCUGGUUCCCUUCUUUUGCAAACAAAGUCUACCCAAAGUGGAACCGUCCUGUCUCAACUUCUUGGUCAAAGCUCUGGUAUCGACACCGUAGACUGCAGGAAUUCCCUCAGACUUGAGCCAUUGUCCCAAAGACGACUUGGCAAGAUAAUGAGAGUACUCCUCGGUGUAAUGAGCAACAACCAAACCAGCAACAUGGAUCUUGUUGGACUCAAAGUAUUUAGGAAGAGACUUAACCACCUCAUCCAUCAGAUUACGGUCUGGAACACCGUAGUUACCCACCAAUGGAUACGUGAUCACCAGAAUCUGUCCCUGAUACGAUGGAUCAGUGAUGGAUUCAGGAUAACCCACCAUACCGGUCUGAAAAACAAGCUCACCAGCAACAGCCUUCUCAGCACCAAAUGA